AUGUACCUGGUAGAGAUUUUCGUAGACAAAGUCACUAUCUUCGCAUCCGAAGAAGAUGAAAAAAGCGGCGCUAAUAAGAAACUGAUUAUCAAGAUACGAUUCGGACCUAAAGUUGAGUUUAUAAUAAAAGAGGGACAACUAGCACAUAAUAAAGACACAAAAGACGAUAUUAUAGAUUGUGACGAAAAUGGAAGACGUAAAUGGACGCGAACUAUAAGAGUGGGAAAGUCAUAUUUAUUUCCUUCAUAUCCGGAUACUGUACUUAUGAUACUUAGUAAAUUUCCCUUAGAAAUAGAGAUAUGGAACGAUGAUGAAAAAGAGGUAGAGAUAUUUGUAGGAAUUGGUACCAUGCAUUGGGAAACUCAGUUCUUCCAUAUGUUAAAAGAAACAGCUGAAGCUUGUAAGCUCCAUGAGCCGCUAUCGAUAAAGCAGAAUACCCCACUAUUUGCAGAAUGUUGCUGUAAACAAGUUGGUGAGAUAUCUUUCAUUCUUAGAUUAAGUGCAUUGGGGGAUAGUAUCAUAACAGAGUUUCAACAACUAAUGAAAGAUCCAGAUACUUUUGUAUUUCGAACCAAUAAAGCGCCGAGCAUGUUUCAGUGUAAGAGAGUUGAAGGUGAUGAUCCAAACUUUUGUAUGGUGGGUAGUUUAUAUGAGACGACUACGUUGGAGGAUCCUACUGUAAUGAGUAACGCCCAACAAAAAAUAGAAAUAUGCACAGAAUUGCAAAGUUGUGGCGUAGGAAAAAGAGAUGAUGACUAUAGUUGUCGGCAUGGUGCUGCAGAUUCUAGCGUGCCAUCUAAGAAGAUAUAUCCGAUUAAUAAAAUAAGAAUGGGCGACAUAACAGGCCCAUGUGGUAACACUAACUGCCCCUUGGCCCAUAAAGUUAGAACAUACAUUAGAAAUUUAGAAGCAUAUAAACGAGAAGCUGGAAGCAAAAUAACGGAAACAAAAGAUAUCACUAAAAGAAAGAUUUGUGGUACAUGUGACUGUAAAGAUGAUCGUUGGCAUCGUGAGGAAUGUCCAGAAAAACUAGAAAAAGAAGGAAAACAAGGUAAGGUUGAAUGUACAGGGUGUGGCGGUAAAGCAAAAGCAGGAGAAACUUGUGAAGAUCGAAGAAAAAAAAUGUUUGGCACAGGUGUAACACCGAAAUCCAGUAAAACGACGGUUGCCUAUGUCUUUAGUGUAACAAAAGUGCCUGGCUUUAAAGAAUCUGUGUAUAGAAAUAAAAUUGGCAGCGAAAUGGUUAUAACUAACUGUUAUUCUCAAACGACCGGCAACAAUGAGCCCUUAAAUGUCAAGCGCGGUUGCUCUUGUUUUAAACCAGGAUGUACAUGGAACCAAGAUGAAAUAAGUUUAAACGUACCGCCAAUCAAAUUAUCAGAGAAGCCAAAAUUUCCCGAAAAUAGAAUACCUAACCAGGGUAACCAAGCUAUAGUUUACAAUGUUGAAGUUAAUGAUUCGAAACGCAAAAUCCCUGUUUAUAAUUGCGUGGAAAUAUCUGAGAACAAGGACUGUGAGUGUAACCCACCAAAGCCUUCACCUCCAUGUAAAACAUUUGACUGUGAAUGCUUAACUGAAAUAUCAAACAAAGCUGCAAGAAAAGCACAUAAGCCUUUCUGCCCUUUAUACAAACACAAAAACAACUGCCCAGUAACUAUGAUGCAGGAAGAAGAGGAGAAGGCGAAAGCUGAGGACUAUGAAGAUGAAGCUGAACCUUUACCUUAUGGAUUGCCACCUAUUAAACUUGGACCCUGUCCUGUGUUAGGACGACCUUGUACUGUUCCUGAUGGUUUUGCGAGAAUGUACAAAAAUGCGGCCUUGCCCGCACAACCACCAAGCUAUAGCGAUGCAGGCAAAGUUUGCUGUUCCAAAGAAUACGAAAGAAUAAAGAAGGCAAUAAAAGAAUAUAUGAAAUAUGAGAAGGAUCAUGAUUUCAGAUGUGUUAAUAAGUUUAAUGUGGACACUGAAAGAAGAUGCUGCGAUAAAGAGCAGAAAUUACUCUCCCUUAUGGGUAAAGGUUGUUGUGGCUCCCAUAAAAUAGCCAUACAAGAUAAAUUUAAAGAAGAGAACAAAAGUGCU